AUGGCAGACCUGCCGCUUCACCCCUUCUCUCCUUUUGUCGUUGAGCUGCCAACCUACGUUGCCAACACAUUUUCGGCGGCCGUCCUGGUAUCAAUCUUUGCUGCUGGAUGCUGUGUCAUCUUUCUUGUCACGUAUGGCCUCAUUCAGCGGAUGAGGCCCUCCAUGGGCAACGGUGAGAUGCUGGUUGCCAUGUGGUUUGCCCUCUGCGGUUGCAUCCAUCUCUUUUUCGAAGGCUACUUCUCCUACAAUGCCUUCGACAUGGCUAGCAGAACAGACAUCUUUGGCCAGCUCUGGAAAGAGUAUGCCCUCUCGGAUUCUCGUUACAUGACCCAAGAUGCCUUCACCGUCUGCAUGGAGACUGUCACUGCUGUUUUCUGGGGCCCCAUGUCCUUUUUCUGUGUCUACUUCAUCAUCGCCGACCAUCCGCUCCGCCACCCCUUCCAGAUCAUCAUCAGCCUGGGCCAGCUGUAUGGUGAUGUUCUCUACUAUGCCAUCUGUACUUUCCAGGAGGUCGUCAACGACAUUGUCUACUGCCGACCUGAGCGAUUCUACUUCUGGGCUUACUACUUCCUCUGCAACUUCUUCUGGAUUGUCAUUCCCUUGCUGCUCAUCCGACAGAGUGUUAAUGAGAUCGCAAGUGUGUUUGCCAAAGUCAAGGCGGCAUCUGUUGGCAAGAAGGCGCAGUAA